AAGAACAUUACCACACAACCCUAUCUACCAGCUUAUAUAUUCUACCAAAACUACACUACUACUACAUUCUUAUUACACCUCUCAGCUGCUUCUCAAACAUACAUGGAGUUCAACUAUCCAACUCUUUUCAUCACCUUAGUAACCAUAAUUCUCAUCUUAUUCAAAAAAUCCAGAACCUCGAAACCCAAAAAUCUCCCUCCCGGGCCAUGGAAAUUGCCAAUCCUCGGAAACCUGCACCAAGUGAUCGGUCCAUUACCACAUAGAGGCUUCAAAGAGCUGGCCAAGAAACACGGACCAAUCAUGCAUCUGCAACUAGGCCAAGUAUCCCUUAUGGUGGUAUCGUCCUCGAAAGUGGCUGCAGAAGCACUGAAAACGAAUGAUAUUAGUCUCGCAGACAAGCCACAACAAUUGUUAACUGAGAUAAUAUUGGAAAAUUGCAGAGACUUUGUUUUUGCACGAUACGGUGACUAUUGGAGGCAAAUGCGCAAAAUAUGCACCCUAGAGAUGCUGAGUGUCAACAAAGUGAAGUCCUUUCGUUCCAUCCGAGAGGAUGAAUCGUGGCAUCUCAUUGACACGGUGCACAAGUCUCUGGGAUCACCGAUGAAUAUGAGUCACAUGUUUGCAGAGCUGUCGUAUAAUAUUACUUGUAGAGCGGCUAUUGGGAAGAGAGGUGACAAAGAGGUGAUCGAGAUGGUGGAAGAUAUAGCCUAUUGGGCUGCAGGCUUCUUUAUCAAUGACUUGUUUCCUUCGGUUAAGUUUCUAUCUGUGCUUAACGGGAUGAAGCCUGCAUUGAAGAAGAUUCGACGAAAGAUUGAUCAUAUUUUCAAGGAAAUCAUCGAUGAGCAUAAGGAAAAGCUGGCAAGAAGAGAGAAAGGAGUUGCGGUGGAUACACAAGAUGAAGAUCUUGUGGAUGUGCUUCUGAGAGUUAAUGAAACUCAGCGCCUUCAGUUCCCGAUCAACGAUAACGACAUCCAGGCUAUCACAUUGGAUAUGUUGACAGCGGGGACUGAUACUUCCUCAACUGUGCUGGAAUGGGCAAUGUCAGCCCUGAUGAAACACCCCCGGGUUAUGAACAAGGCUCAAGAAGAAGUUCGCGAAUUGCUAAAAGGAAAAGAGAAGGUCACAGAAACGGACAUCAUCGGGCAACUAAGCUACUUAAAGCUGGUGAUCAAAGAAACCCUGCGCUUGCACACACCCUUGCCUCUCUUAGUUGCUAGAGAAUGCAGAAAAGAAUGCGAGAUCGAAGGCUACACUAUUCCUGAGAAAACCAAACUUCUUGUCAAUGUUUGGGCAAUAGGAAGAGAUCCUGACCGUUGGGCGGAUGCUGAGAAGUUUGUUCCAGAGAGAUUUGAGAACAGUGGUAUGGAUUUUUCGGGAACAAAUUUUGAUUAUUUGCCAUUCGGGGCUGGGAGGAGAAUGUGUCCGGGGAUAAACUUUGGUGUGGCUGGUGUGGAGCUUCCUCUGGCUCAACUGCUCUAUCAUUUUGAUUGGAAAGUUCCGAAUGAUGGGAGACCUGAAGAUCUGAAUAUGGAGGAGUCGUUUGGGACUACUAAUAAGCGAAAGCAUAACUUGGUUUUGGUUCCCACCCUACCUCAGAAGGCUUGAUCACCAGCUAAGGGAAUAAGAUAAGUCAGGGAUUAAAGUUAUUUCCGACUUUAAGUUGUCGAAUGCCGUGUAUGUAACAAAUAAUAAGCUGUUUUUUUAAGUUAAAAAUAAGUCAAAAAUUUACUCAAAAGCCAAGUACCAGCGGGACAUGCUUUUUAUUGAAAAUUUUGUUAUGCUUUUA